UGUGAUCGAUCCACCUGCGCGUGCCAAUGGCUGGAGACGUGAGCAAAAACGACCGCAAUGUCAUCGUUUGUGCGCCGGAGGCCUCCGGUAGCGGAAGAGCGGAGCCGCAAUACGUCUCAGCGAAGAUCUCUGUGUGGUGGGACAUUGAGAACUGCCAAGUUCCAAAGGGCUGCGACCCUCACGCCAUUGCUCAAAAUAUUAGUUCUGCACUCGUCAAUAUGAACUAUCGUGGUCCCGUCUCCAUCUCCGCCUACGGCGACACAAGUCGGAUCCCAUCCUUCGUUCAGAAAGCACUUUCUAGCACCGGGAUUUCUCUUAACCACAUUCCAACUGGUGUGAAAGAUGCCAGUGAUAAGAAAAUUCUAGUUGACAUGUUGUUAUGGGCGGUAGACAACCCUGCUCCCGCAAAUUAUUUGCUAAUUUCUGGAGACAGGGAUUUCUCUAAUGCUCUGCAUCAGUUGCGCCUGAGAAAAUACAACAUUCUUCUAGCACAACCACCGAAAGCAUCAGCUCCUCUAGUUGCAGCAGCAAAAUGUGUUUGGCUCUGGACGAGCCUUUUAUCUGGAGGAGCCCCACUAUCAAGUGGCGAAUCAUCCUGCCUUGCAAGCGGUAACUAUGUCUCUCAUUUUGAGAGGAUGGAAAACCCGGUUGUUGAGCCAAAUCAAAUGAGUCAGCCACUGGUUCUCAAUUCUGAAAACCUUGACAUGGGCAGUCAAAAUAACCGUACUACUAGAAGCGUUGGUGAUUUGAAACACAAAGUAAAAUAUGUUUUGAAAGCUGACAAUCAACCCAAUCUAUCAAGCUCUUCAAGCUUACCUGUUACAGUUUCAGAGGGUAAGAACAAUGAUCCUCUUAAACUAGCACAGUCACCGGUGAAGCUGUUCCGAAAAGCUCCACACGAAUUCUUUGUUAGUAGCAAUCCCGUAGUCCCAAACGGUAGGUUUACUCCUAACUUUCCAAGCAACCAAGAUGGCUCAGAAAAUAAAAGGAGCAACUCUAAUGAAAUUUCCCAGGAUCUCUAUCAUGGUUCUUUGAGGUCAAACAACCUUCAUAUACAACCCGUGUCUGGACCGAAUUUGCCUCUUCCUGACUCCCAUGCUCGAACAUUUCAACCCGUCCCUUCUUAUUCAGCUGGAUCUAAAUUGUCUACGGCCCCAAAUUCAUUUCAUGAUAUACCUAAGCCACAUGAUUCUCCAUAUCCUAACAAUGUCAAAAGUACUCUUUCUCAUCAGCGAACCAGAGAAGAUUCUAAUCCAAGCACUACUCAAUCUCCUAAUCUACAUAGCUUCCAUGCACCCCCAGCAGGCUACGACCCACCAUGUGUCCAAGCAUUUCAUUGUGAGAAUUUGAACCUGAGGCAUCCUCGUGGUUCCAAACAUAUGCCUACUCCCUCCGUCACUGGAAUUGCCAAUACCAGUUCUAAGAAUAUUACCUUGGGAGUUGAGGGAUUUCCACCACCUUCUGAGUAUGAGCGAGGCCUCGUGGGUGCUAUUCUACUAGCCUUAAACACUCUGAAGGUUGAAAAGAUUAUGCCAACUGAAGCAAAUAUAACUGAUUGCAUUUCGUAUGGAGAUUCGAAAUAUCGAACCACUGAUGUCAAGAAGGCUUUAGAUUGUGCAAUCAAGCUAAAUGCGGUAAUAAAACAGAGACUAGGUGCAUUAAAUUUUUAUGUUGGUAGAAACGAGAAACUAUGGAAUUGUGUAAACAUUAUAUGUGGAAAUGUUAGUCAGUAUCCAAAUACAACGUGGGAUCGAAUACAAGAGUUCCUUGCUUCAUCAUCUGGACGAUCAGCAAUGUUGUCUUCCCAGUGCAGAUAUGAAGCAUCUUUAAUUCUAAGGAAAGAAUGCCUUAAAGAGCUUAUGUUAGGAGAGGUACUUCAGAUCUUGAAUAUGAUCAUCACUGUCAAGAAAUGGAUUAUAAUUCAUCGGUCUGGAUGGCAGCCGAUAACUAUUACGCUUAAUGAGAGUGGAGAUGAUACAGGAAGUGUUCCAGAGUUAAAGUAAUUUGUUUGGCUUGCAGAAAGUUGGCUGUAUGACAAAUUACAAAUCACAAACAUAAAGCCAUAUUAAUGGUUUAUUGGAUCUUAUGGUGGGGAAUAGGGCACCUCCACUAAAAUAACAUUAGAGAAAAUCAUGAUGGACGACGAUUCUGCAAAUCGUGUAUGACGUUAGGCUUUAUACUGUCUGCACAAUUCCAUCUUGUGGCUGGAGAUCCCUAAUCGGCAGCCUCUGCUGGCUUAUGUUUUUUAUUGCUCUACAUAACAUA